UCUCGUCAGAAAGUUGUCUAAGCAAUCAGUGUGUGUAUUGGAUACUACCUCAUCAAUGGGCGGAAUUCUAAUGCCCCCUUGUGACCAUUCCAACAAUAAGCAACAUUCAGGGGAUAAUUCUGACCCAAGUUCCCUGAUUGCUGCUAUUGGUUAUGGUAACUCAAUUAGUUGUCUCAUUCGAUGCUCCAGAGUUGAUUAUGGUGCUAUUGCAUCUUUAAACAGGAGUUUUCGCUCACUUAUUAGAGAUGGUGAGCUCUACAAAUUGAGGCGGAAAAAUGGUGUGGUUGAGCAUUGGGUAUACUUUUCGUGUCAUUUGCUCGAAUGGGAAGCCUUUGACCCUAGUCGUCGUCGUUGGAUGCAUUUACCUCGAAUGAAUGCUAGUAAUUGUUUUGUGUUUUCUGAUAAAGAAUCUUUGGCAGUUGGCACUGAGCUUCUUGUUUUUGGAAGGGAUUUUAUGUCUAAUGUGAUAUAUAAAUACAGUUUGUUGACAAACACAUGGUCGUCGGGAAUGAGUAUGGAUGCACCUAGGUGUUUGUUUGGAUCUGCCAGUCUCGGGGAGAUUGCAAUAUUAGCCGGUGGCUGUGACUCAGAUGGUAAUAUCCUCAGUUCUGCAGAGCUCUACAAUUCCGAUGAAGGAACUUGGAAAACACUCCAAAGCAUGAAGAAACCAAGGAAGAUGUGUUCUGCAGUGUUCAUGGAUGGAAAUUUUUAUGUAAUUGGAGGAAUCGGAGGAACUGAUUCAGUGCUUCUCACAUGUGGAGAGGAAUAUAAUUUGGAAACAGAGACCUGGACGGAAAUCCCUAACAUGUCCCCGGUGCGGACUGGUAAAGCAAGGGAAAAUGACAAGCCUGCUACAUCUGAAGCGCCACCUUUGAUUGCUGUCGUAAAUAAUGAAUUAUAUGCAGCUGAUUAUGCAGACAUGGAGGUGAGAAAAUACAACAAGAUUAGUAAAGCGUGGAUUACUGUGGGAAGAUUACCGGAACGAGCCGAUUCUAUGAAUGGUUGGGGUUUGGCAUUUAGGGCAUGUGGCGAUAGGCUUAUUGUAAUUGGGGGUCCUAGAACUGUUGGUGAAGGAUUAAUUGAAGUCAAUUCAUGGGUUCCAAGAAAAGGUCUACCAAAGUGGGAUUUACUCGGACGAAAGCGAACUGGCAAUUUUGUUUAUAAUUGUACAGUGAUGGGAUGCUGA